AUGCCCUCUAUUCUGGAAGACCCCUCGACCCGCAAUCCCCCACCAAAAGCACACACAGAUGCAGCGCCGACCCUAACGGCGAGGAAAACCACCCUCCCUAAGUCCUCAUCUGCGUCGAUGACGCUCUACCCCAUCACAGGAGGACCGAAAACUGUUCCAAAGGACCUGAUCAAAUUCCUGCACGAGGAGUUCAGCGCGGAGAUCCUCCGCGGCGGGACGUACCCGAUGGAGCAGCCGAUGGCGCUGGAUCAGUUCGCUGACUAUUGGUUCGAGACGUUUGCGGCCUUGGCGAUCUUGGACGAUGAGGGGGAGGGUCUAAGGGCGGGAAGGGACUGGAAGAGUGUUUGUAUGGGAACUUUUUAUAUCAAGCCUAACUAUCCUGGUAUGUUGUUUUCCGUCACGUUCGGAUUUAACUCCACCUGUAUAGGAAUAAAACACUGA